CAGCGAAAUAUCAGGAUCAAGUUUGAAUAUGAAGGAGAGAAAAGGAUUAUCCAGUUUCCAAGACCAGUCAAAUUCAAAGAAGUGGUGCAGAAGGUCACGGAUGCUUUUGGACAGACGAUGGACUUAGUCUGUGUGAACAAUGAGCUCCUGAUCCCACUGAAAUCCCAGGAAGAUUUGGACAAAGCGAUGGAACAGUUGGAGCUCAGCCCUUCCCUGAAGAGCCUGCGGAUCCUUGUGAGCGCUCCAAAGAAAGCGAAUCUCCUCCAGCCGAACAACAGUAAACAGCACGAAAUGAGGAUCUCCAGAUCCAUGGGUGAUAUCAUGGGAUCCCUGUACAAAGACUCCGAGAGGACGCGGAAGUAUUCAACGGGCUCUCUGCACACCGGCCGGAGCUCUCCACCCCCGGGCAGCGUUCCUGAAGAGCAGCAGCAGAUAGCUCGCCAAGGAUCCUAUACGAGCAUCAACAGCGAGGGCGAGUUCAUCCCCGAGACCAUGGAUCAGAACAUGCUUGAAGCUUUCAUCAGCCCUGAUGAGUCGCUGUCUGGGAGCUGCCAGUCUCUGGACAGAUCUGUGGACAGCCCUCCCUUUACCCAAACCCCCAUUCCUGGAAGGAAGAGCCAUCCCAAAGACAGUCUCGAUUGCAUGGAUUUCGACAUCCCGUUCUGCGAGAGGUUUGGGAAAGGUGGCACCUUCCCGAGGCAGUACCACCUCUCCCAAAGUCGCAAGGACUACAGUGACGGUAAGAAACUGAUGAAGGGUCGAGGAGGGUGGUGCUUGGUCCGGGGUCUCUAUGGCUUGUGA